UCAUCCCUCUUCUCUCUUCUCAGGAGGAGGACAUGGAAAAUGACGAGGAGGAAGGGGGCGGUUCCCAAUGUGAUGGUGACGGGGUCGAUGAUGACGGACAGCCCAAUCCACCCAAUGAGAAGAGAGUAGUUAAGCUGAUGACAGACGACCCAGCCUUUAGACGAGGGAGGAUGAGGUGGCUGAAACAGGAACAGACCCGACUACAGAACCUUCAACAACAGAAUAUUACUAAAAGACUCAGACAGAACACCCAGAACUCCCCAACCCCCAACACCCCUCUGGUCCCAGUGCACCCCCCCCCUGUGGUCCACCUCCCCGGGACCGGCCGCUUCAUCCCCCCACAGGACUGUAAACUCAAGUUCCCCUUCAAGAGCAACCCCCACCACCGUCUCUCAUGGAGCCCUGCCACUGCCCUGAUGAUGCUGGGGGAGGGGGGGUUAGAUGGAGAGUGGGAGGAGCGGGCAGAGGGAGGUGGUGGAAAAGCAACUCCCUCUCCUCCUCCUCCUCCUGCUGCUCUCCUCCCACUCCCCUUCCAGAUGGUCCCUAGAGGCCACACCCCCUCCCCACAGCGCACCUGGCAACAACCACAACAGCAACGUAGCAACAGUAACCAUGGGAACCCACACUUCCCAGUUCAAGGGCAACAGCAGGGGCCGCCUCCGUGGCGAUAUAGGCGGAACUCCCUGGACAGCUCCCCACAGGGCAACAACAACAAUCACCAGGGAAACAACUACCCCGGCAACCCCAACAACAACGGAGGUGGUCACCAGGGGCGACCGCGUUAUCGUGGAGGAGGGGGGAUGGAGGGAAGAGGAAGGGAGAGGGAUCAGAGAGGAGGAGGAGGGAGGUUUCAGCAGGGGGGAGACAGAGGAGGGUACCAUCACCCCUACUACAUCCCUCCUCACCAACACCUCUACCAGAGCAGUAACCACCCUCCACCAGGGGGCCACAUAUCCCCCCAGGGAAGAGGAGGAGGAGGAGGUGCAGGGUGGUUUCAGGAGGGGUACAGCACCCCCCCUCGCAUGAAGAGGCAGUUUAGUGCCCCCGAUCUGAAGAGCAAGGAGACCCCUGUGUGACCUCUCACCCCUGACCCCACACACAGACAACCUUCCUAUAAGGACACUGCAUAUCCAGCUGACGGGCUUAUGACCUGUCAUAACACUACAUACUGCUGUUAUAACUGAUGCUACUACACUACAUGGUGUAUAAUGUAGCUAUAUGGGGCAUGUGUGUGUCUGCAUGCUUCUGUCUCUGCCAUUGUGUAAUUGAAUACAGAACAGAGUGCGUGUGUCGACGCUUUGCUUAGCACACAACAAUGAGUCUGCACACUCUGUGUCCCUCACACACAACACUACAUAACGCCAGUGUGUGUGUGUGUGUGUGUGUGUGUGUGUGUGUGUGUGUUCCUGCUGUAGGGUUUAGCGUUCUCAUAUACAACAGGUCUUUUUAAAUAUUAGUUCUGAGGGUCUUUCUGAAGGUCAGCAGUUCUGUUUUAGUUGUUGAUACGUUUUCAUGCACCAGCAGGGCAUUAUGGGAGGUGCCUUCGGCGGCCUGGCCCACACGACCUGCUUUCCCGUCCAAAUUACAUCCUUUAUUUGACCUGGACGCGCGUCAACACAAAGACCCAUCAAUCUCAGAUAAAGCAUCCGAGUGACAGAAACAGCACCCCUCUGUCUGUCUCCUCUGUCUCCUCUGUCUAUCUCCUCUGUCCCCUCUGUCUGUCUGUCCCCUCUGUCUGUCUCCUCUGUCUGUUUCCUCUGUCUGUCUCCUCUGUCCCCUCUGUCUGUCUUUCCCGUCUGUCUGUCCCCUCUGUCUGUGUCUCCUCUGUCUGUUUCCUCUGUCUGUCUCCUCUGUCCCCUCUGUCUGUCUCCUCUGUCCCCUCUGUCUGUUUCCUCUGUCCCUCUGUCUGUCUCCUCUGUCCCCUCUGUCUGUCCCCUCUGUCUGUCUCCUCUGUCUCCUCUGUCUAUCUCCUCUGUCCCCUCUGUCUGUCUGUCCCCUCUGUCUGUCUCCUCUGUCUGUUUCCUCUGUCUGUCUCCUCUGUCCCCUCUGUCUGUCUUUCCCGUCUGUCUGUCCCCUCUGUCUGUCUCCUCUGUCUGUCCCCUCUGUCUGUUUCCUCUGUCUGUCUCCUCUGUCUGUCUCCUCUGUCCCCUCUGUCUGUCUCCUCUGUCUGUCUCCUCUGUCCCCUCUGUCUGUUUCCUCUGUCUGUCCCCUCUGUCCCCUCUCCUCUGUCCCCUCUGUCUGUUUCCUCUGUCUCCUCUGUCUGUCUCCUCUGUCCCCUCUGUCUGUUUCCUCUGUCUGUCUCCUCUGUCCCCUCUGUCUGUUUCCUCUGUCCCCUCUGUCUGUCUCCUCUGUCUGUCUCCUCUGUCCCCUCUGUCUGUCUCCUCUGUCUGUCCCCUCUGUCUGUCUCCUCUGUGCCAUCUGUCUCCUCUGUCCCCUCUCUGUCUCCUCUGUCUCCUCUGUCCCCUUUGUCUGUCUCCUCUGUCUGUCUCCUCUGUCUGUCCCCUCUGUCUGUCUCCUCUGUGCCAUCUGUCUCCUCUGUCCCCUCUCUGUCUCCUCUGUCUCCUCUGUCCCCUUUGUCUGUCUCCUCUGUCUGUCUCCUCUGUCUGAUCUGUCCCCUCUGUCUGUCUCCUCUGUCUCCUCUGUCUGUCUCCUCUGUCUGUCUCCUCUGUCUGAUCUGUGUCCUCUGUGAUACUAUUUCUGGCCAGACAGCAUCAGAGACGUAUAGUAACAUUGAGGGGUGCUGAUUGGCUCGAAUGCUUUCUGAGAUAGUUACAGCGGAGAGGAAGUCUCUCCAGAAUAAGCCCAAUGCGUCUCUAUGGGCAUAAUAUGCAGACCUGUCGCCUGCCUACCUGCUAUUAGGACAAUGACUCCCGUUGUUAGGGCGGAGACAUGAGCAUCUAGUCAUUAUAUGCAGAUCUCUGGUUUCAGCCUCUUGGGAAUUGGACAGUUGGCAGGUGCACAGGUCUCUGUUAGGAUACUUCCCUUAAAGAAAAUAGAUGUUUUGCCAAAAUUAUAUAAUUACUCCUGUUGUCCAUUUUUUCAUUGUCUUUUGUUUGGUGCGCUAAAUGUGAGCAAUGAGCAUGUGUCUGGUCUCUCUGCCAUGAUAACGUUGAGGGAGAGCAUGUGUCUGGUCUCUCUGCCAUGAUACCAUUGAGGGAGAGCAUGUGUCUGGUCUCUCUGCCAUGAUACCGUUGAGGAAGAGCAUGUGUCUGGUUUCUCUUCCCUGAUAGUGUUGGGGGAGAGCAUGUGUCUGGUUUCUCUUCCCUGCUAGUGUUGAGGGAGAGCAUGUGUCUGGUUUCUCUGCCCUGAUAGUGUGGAGGGAGAGCGUGUGUCUGGUUUCUCUUCCCUGGUAGUGUGGAGGGAGAGCAUGUGUCUGGUUUCUCUGCCCUGAUAAUGUUGAGGGAGUGUGCGCACCUGAGCAUGCCUAGCAGUAGGCCUACCUGGCCUGCUGCGUGCAUAUGUAGAAAAGCUCAUUUGGGAUGUCUGAUUGUCUUAGCCACAACUAAUCAGCUGAGCCUCUCAGUCAUUUUUUCCUCACACAGUAAGAUAAUGAAGUCUGACAUUUUUUUUUUUACACCCAUUGCGAAUGAUAAUAGUUCCUCACGGUUUUUGAAAAAAACCACUCCUGGCCUAUGAGAAUCACCCAGCCUCGGGGUGAAAAAACCACUCCUGGCCUAUGAGAAUCACCCAGCCUCGGGGUGAAAAAACCACUCCUGGCCUAUGAGAAUCACCCAGCCUCGGGGUGAAAAAAGCUAAAUAUCAUGAUCUGAUGAUCGCAUCAUAUAUCCAGUGGAAACAGCAGAAACUGCUUUCUGUCCCGACCUCACUGGGCCGGAAUAGUUGAUACAAUGUUGCAGGUUCGCUUGCCUUUGGGCUGGACUCAGUUGAUGAUCAAGUCAAGAAGAAUGGAGAGAGAGGCAGACAGCAGAGUAGAGAGAUGAAUGCGAUUGAAAAUGAAAGAAUAAAUAUUUUAUCGGGA